CUCAACCAACUGUCAGCCUGUCACCAAAAGAAGUUACAAUAGAAAGUGACAAGGAGAAGACUCUGUCAUGUGAAGUCAAUAAGUUCUAUCCAAAUUUGGUUGACAUUAAGUGGAUGAAGAUUUCAAAGAAUAACCAGGACAGUAGCGUAGCAGCAGAGGAUAUCUGCACAGGAGCCUCUGUAGAAAAUGAAGACGGCACAUUUAAUGUCACUAGUAAAUUAAGGCUGCAACCGUCUUUGCAAGAUAAUGGAAAUGUCUAUAGCUGUAUUGUGAGUCACAAAACAUUUCCUGCCGAGUUACUUCUCAAUAGCAUCUUGACUGUCACAGCCCCCAGGUCCGAUUCAAGCAUUUUAAUUGGAGCGGUCAUUGGAACAAUAAUAGCCUGUAUUAUUGUGCUCGGUUUGGGAGUUUUCGUGUACGAUAAGUGUUUUAAGAAAAUUCCACCAACAAUAAUGGCAUUCAUAGGGAAUGUGGAAAUGAAGCAUUUAGAAGACACUUCUUUGUAUUGUCAAUUUUCCGGCUUUCGUCCAAAACCUAUAACUGUAGCUUUUUUUUUGAAAAAGUAUCAACAAGAACAAAAGGAGACAAUUUACUAUUGGAACAGUGAAAAGGAUGACAUCCAACGAGAUGAGGAAAGUGCUGCUCUCCUGUCUACGUCAAAGAAUUUUCAGUUUCAGAUAUACUUGAAGUCACUAGAUAAUGGCACUUUUGAAGUUCCAUGCAUCAUUCGUAUAUCUCCAAACGUGCAUGAGCUAAACAAGGCAGAGAUUUCUCUUGAAAUUAUACACGAGGCCCUUCAGCAACGUCCUGCUAUGGCAAUAACAGAAUUGAAGGUCAUAGCCGUGCCAGUGUUGGAUCCAAUCCUGUGUUCUACCGAUGUGCCAAGACCAGAUGAGCCUAUAACUUUGACUUGCAGAAUUCAUUCUUUUUUCCCUGAAACAAUUGAUUUGGCUUGGUAUAAAGAUGGUGAUGAAGUGCCAGAGGAACCCUUCAUUAGUGAUGUGACAAGUGGGCCAGAUGGACUUUUCUUCUGCACCAGUAGUUUAAUAUUACAUCUUGGAGUUGAGGACAAUGGAAGGAGAUUCAUAUGCAAAGCUAAACUUAAAGGCUCACACCAGUAUAAAGAAUCUUCUUGGAAGCUGAAAAAUUUGAGUAAGUUAAUUUUCAAAAUACAAUUUUAUUAGUAGAAUGAAAACUGUAAUGACCAUCACCAUAACACACACAUUGCUUUUAAAGGAAAAAUUAUCGAUCUCUGGGUGACUUUCUGCAGUACUCAGGUGCUCCCUUUUAAAAGGUGAAAUACAACCCUCCACAGAGGGCCAGCAGAAGGCCUAGGCACCAUCAAAGCCAUAUUUUGUGGAUUUAACUGCUGCAUAGGCUUAGAGCUGCUAGAUCUUUGCACGGGGGUGAAUUUCAUCAAAAAGCCACAUCCCCAGUAGGAAGAGGGGUGUAUUUUUACACAUUAACACACAUUAAAAUCCUACGGUAGACAAGACUGUUACAAUUUUAAUAAGUAGGAGUUUUGGUGUCACCUCAGUGAGCUAACACGUAUUGAAAUUUUGGUUUUUUACAUGUGUAAAAAUCCAUAACAAAUCACGUUUUUUCUUAGUGAAGACAAAGCCUCCCUGUUCUAUCUCUAGGCCAGAUCUUACACUCCUUGUGCAGGCAAAAUACCCUUUGAAAUCACUGUAGGUUUUGCCUGACUAGAAAAUGAGUGGGUAAAUGCAGGAUCACGUUUUAUUCUUUUACUAUGUAUAAAAGAAAACCAAGAACAAAUGCCUCCCCCAGAGUUUUCUUUAAAAAUCCUGUGCUUGGUUCAAGUUACCAACAUUUCUUUUCUGAUCCCAGACUGAUGCCUACACAUGCAUAGUUUCAGUUCUCAAGAAGGUUGGGGACAUUUGUAAACUACUGUACAUAAAUGUGGCAUGUUUUACUCUCUGAAGCAUUCCUCUGGGAAAUCAAAUAUAUAUAUAUAUUUUAGGGCUGUCAAGCAAUUU